GCAUGGGCCUCACCGGGUUUGGAGUUUUCUUCCUGUUCUUCGGGAUGAUUCUCUUCUUUGACAAAGCCCUAUUGGCCAUCGGAAAUGUUUUAUUUGUGGCUGGUUUGGCUUUUGUCAUUGGUUUAGAAAGAACGUUCAGAUUCUUCUUCCAGAAACAUAAAAUGAAAGCCACAGGCUUUUUCCUGGGCGGUGUGUUUGUGGUCCUGGUCGGCUGGCCUUUGAUAGGAAUGAUCUUCGAAAUCUAUGGAUUCUUUCUUUUGUUCAGGGGUUUCUUUCCAGUGGUGAUUGGCUUUAUUAGAAGAGUACCAGUUCUUGGGUCUCUCUUAAAUCUGCCUGGAAUUAGAUCAUUUGUAGAUAAAAUGGGAGAAAGCAACAAUAUGGUGUAAACACACCCAAGAAGACUCUUUUAAAAUAUUGUGUUAUUUAUAAAAACAAACAAACAACAAAAACACAACAGCCCUUUGAAGAAUCUUCAGCACAAAGUUGGUGACAGGAAAUAGCUUGUCACGUGCUGUCUGGAAGUUUUGAAACUACCAAGCACCAAGGAGGAGCCGCCUUCUGAUCAAGUGAUCUUAAGAACUUCAGCUGGGGCAGGGCGGAGUGAAGCCUGUUACGACUUUCUAGAACUUUCCACAAGCUGCGAAACACAACCAUCCAUCAACAAGUGAUGGCUCCUGUUACUUUUGAUGUUCUUUUCCUACUAUUAUUUGGGUUUUGCUGUUGUUGUUUUUAAGAUUCAAGAGCAUCAUAGGAAGGUUUUUGUUGUUGU